CGCAUCUCUCGCCAUGGCAGUGCUCUUCGAUCGACCUUCCUCAGUGGGUCCCGGCCAUUCUCCGCCGACGCCUUAGAGGUCAUCAAGGCCGGCGAGAUCGGCAUGGUCUCUGGGAUUCCCCAAGAACACCUCCAUCGCAGGGUUGUGAUUUUCUCACCUGCAAGGACGGCGACGCAACAAGGAUCAGGGAAAGUUGGGAGGUGGAAAAUCAAUUUUGUAUCCACACAAAAGUGGGAGAACCCACUUAUGGGUUGGACAUCGACUGGGGAUCCAUAUGCCAAUGUUGGUGAUGCUGCACUAAGUUUUGAUAGUGAAGAAGCUGCAAGGGCAUUUGCCGAGAAACAUGGUUGGGAUUAUGUG